UCCCUAGCUCCAACCCUGAUUUAAUAAAGAUUUAAAAAUAAAACUUCAAUUCAUUGAAAAAAUCUGAUUGCAAUAAACUUUGAGAAAAAUUCAUCAGAAUUUUGCUAAGUUUUCACUUUUCAUCUCAUUCAUCGCUCUUCAAAUUCACAUAGUCAGUAUGUAUUGCAACAAAUCGGAAUUAUUUCACGAAUACUCGACAAUUUUGAGAACAUUAGACAAGAUAAAUUGCAAUAAGCAGAACGAUGUGAUGUCUUCAGGUGAUUUUGUGAGAAAAACUUCAAAGACGAGCUUUAUCAAAGAAGAUGAACCGAUGAAAAUGAUUGAUGCUCAAGAGAAGCGAGUUGAUACAAAUUCCGAAAAGUCUCAGAUUAUUGAAAUUUAUGCAUUGAUGUUGUCUGUUGUGUCUUUUCUGCUCGGCUUCUGUCUCAAAAUUGCUUUAAGUUCCUUAGAUUUUUUUGCAAACCUUUCAAGGACUCUAACGAUUAUGUGCAUUGAUGAUUUGUGGAGUGGAAGUAAUGAACCUUUUCUGCUUACUUAUGACAAUUUCAAGGCUUUAAUCAUCAAAACGGCUAUGGACUUUAAUGGACGGAAAGUUUUGCUAUUAAUUGGAGUCUGGACAACGGCAAUUGGUUAUGCCAUCAGCAAACUAUUGUUCCAAAUUGUUAAAUUUUUGCUGGUUCAAGUGCCUGUGCCAAAAUAAAGGAAUUGGAAGUAUCUUAUAGAAACCGUUAAACAUGUGACUACAUCUUUUUGAAAUUUUUUUCUACAACUGUUAAAAUUAAUUUGAAUUUUUUCAGUCAGAGUUUCUCGACUUUUUUCAGUCACAAAAUAUUUUAAGAGGAACUAGGAAUCAUCUGCUAGUCAUUAAUUUACAAUCUGGACCUUUAAAGAUCAUAUGUGCCAAAGCACGACGCUUGAGAAGAUCCAGUAG